UUGACAGUACAAUCCGUAUAUUGGAACGUAAUAUUUAGUUCCAUAACUUCGAAGUCGAUUUUCAGUGUUAAUUUCGUUAAUAAUCGACUUUUGAUCACAAUCACAGUUUAGGUUGUGUUGGAAAAUGUUUAAUUUGUCAGUUCUUAGACAAUUUUCUAGAUUAUCAAUAUGUCCUGCGGUAAAAUUGCCAGUAAACGUAAGAAGUAUAGGUACUACUUCGGCAUUACAGCUUAAAAUUACAGAGCCACUAUGUGCAGAACCAAUGAAGAAGAAGAAGAAAGUAGAUCCAGCUAUCGUCAAAGCCCGUGAAGACAGGCGUCGUAAGAAAAUUGAGAAGCAAAUCAGAAGAUUGGAGAAGAACGCUCGGCAACUCAAACCUAUAGACGAGAUGGAGGUGCCAUUACACCUGUUAGAUCAAUUGGGAAAGCGAAGGCGUCCAACUCCAAAAUUGACACAAGAGGCACUGGAUGCCCGAGCUUUGCUACAAAAGGACUGGGCUCGCUACAAGCGUGAGGAGUAUGUAGCCAGUGUGAAUCAGAUAGACAGAAUCAUGGCUGCCCAGCGACGGGCCCUGGACAAGCUAUAUGAAGAGUCCGAGGACUUGUACAAUGAGGCUAUUAUGCCGGACAUGCAACUGAUCCCGUACUCAAUAAGCGGCCCAGUCGCCACCCCACCUAUCAAGGGAUACGAUUCACCUGACGGGGAAUAUGUGGAUGUCUCCAAGAAAUGGGAUAACUAACUUGUACUGUAGUAGUUUUAUUUAUUAGCAAUAUUAAACAUUUACAUUGUUAA